GCUAGAUCUACUAGCAAUUCACACGACCAAAAAGAAACAAUCCUAGAAUCUCAAAAAAAAAAAAAAUGGAUUUGGCUAGAAAUGGUGAUCAUACUGGUGAGCUUUUCCAAGCUCAAGCUCACAUAUGGAACCAUAUAUUCAACUUCAUAAAUUCCAUGUCCCUCAAAUGUGCAAUUCAAUUAGGCAUUCCAGACAUUAUUCACAAGCAUGGCCAGCCAAUGGCCCUUGCUCAAUUGAUCGAUGCUCUUCCCAUCAACAAUGCUAAAGCCCCUUUUGUUUGUCGUCUUAUGCGGAUUUUAAUCCACUCGGGAUUCUUCAUCAAAGCAAAGAUUCCCGAUAAUGAAGGCCAAGAGGGGUAUGCACUCACUCCUGCUUCGAAACUUCUACUAGCAAAUGACCCUUUUAGCUUGACAUCGUUUGUACUUGCCAUGCUUGAUCCAAUCUUCACUGAUCCAUGGCACCAUUUUAGCCACUGGUUUCAAAACAAUGAAGAAACCCCAUUUCAUUCCUGUCAUGGGACAUCAGUUUGGGAGCUUGCAGGUCGCCAACCGCAGCUAAACCAGUUUUUCAAUGAAGGCAUGGCUAGUGAUGCCCGGUUGGUUAGUACCAUGGUUAUCAAGAAUUGUAAGGAUGUUUUUACGGGGCUGAAUUCGUUGAUUGAUGUUGGGGGUGGAACUGGAACUGUGGCUAAGGCUAUUGCUGAUGCUUUUCCUCAUCUGGAAUGCUCCGUGCUUGAUCUUCCUCAUGUCGUUGAUGGCUGGGAAAGUAGUAAGAACUUGGCCUAUGUGGGAGGUGACAUGUUUGAAGCCAUUCCUCCAGCAGAUGCUGUUUUAUUGAAGUGGAUAUUGCAUGAUUGGAGCGAUGAGGAAUGUGUACAAAUACUCAGGAAAUGUAAAGAAGCAAUUCCUAGCAAGGAAAAGGGAGGCAAGGUGAUCAUUAUUGACAUGCUGCUGAUAAGCCAGCAAAAUGGAGAUGAUGAUGCAGAGGCUAUUGAAACCCAAUUGUUCUUCGAUAUGCUGAUGAUGGUUCAUGCCAAAGGAAGAGAAAGAAAUGAGAAAGACUGGGAAAAGCUUUUCCUUGAGGCGGGCUUCAAUGGCUAUAAGAUAACUCCAGUACUGGGCUUGAGAUCGAUCAUUGAGGUUUAUUAUUAUUAAUAAGUUUCUUGCACUUUGUUUGUGCUAAAGAGUGAUGGAUCUACGUUCAAGGCCUUCAAAAUAAGUUUCCUUAAACAUGGAACAUAUGUAUUGAUGCUAUGAUUUGUAUUACCAAAAUAUGUCGAUUAAUAGAGAAGGAAGUAUAACUCUUUUAAUCUUCAAAUGAUCUGAUGGUACAGAAUUAUCAACCUAAACUGCAAAACACAUUUAUUUUCAAA